AUGACCAAUGCUAAGCUAAGGCCUUUGAAUCCGGUGACUAGUGCUCUCCACAAUGAUGAAGUCACCGUCACCGUGGACAAGAUCAAUACCCUCAUCAAGGCUGCUGGUGUGUUGGUCAAGCCUUUCUGGCACGAUCUGUUUGCCAAGACCCUUGGCAGCGUGGACUUUGGCAGCCUGAUCUGCAAUGUUGGUGCUGGAGGAGCCACCCCUGAUGGUGCUGCCCCUGCUGGAGGAGCCCUGGCUGCAAGUGCCCCAGCUCAGAAAGCGGAGGAGAAGAAGAAAGAGUCUCAGCAGUCUGAUGAUGACAUGGUCUUUGGUCUGUUUGACUAA